AGUUCUCCACGCGCACCGUCACACACCACCGGAACAGGAGAGAGAAAGAGAGAGAGAUAUGAAUUCCACUUUCCCACAGCACAGGGUUUAGGAGACUCAGGAAACAGGUCUGAACCGCACUUCCGCUCUCUCUCUCUCUCUCUCUCACACACACACACACACACACACAAUCUCUCUCUCUCUCUCACACACACACACACACACACUAUCUCUUUCUCUCUCUCACUCACACACACACACACACACACACACAAAUAAUGGAGAAAACUACACGGACCAAUGGAGAGCACGCCUCAGUGACCACAGGAGGCUCGAACCCGAACCAUGCGGACCAGACACGAAGGAGCACUAGAGGAGGAGGAGGAGGAAGGAGGCCUCAGCUGGAAGGAGUACUGAGUAAAUACACCAACCUGAUCCAGGGCUGGCAGAACAGGUACUUUGUUCUGGAUGAAGAACUGAACCAGCUCCAGUACUUUGUGAAUGAACAGGGGCGGAGUCAGAAACCCAGAGGGACCCUCCCUCUGAUUGGCGCAUCAGUUACCGGGAGUGAUGAGGCACCUAACAUGUUUUUCGUCAGCUCGGCCAAUGGGGAGCUCUUCAAACUCCGAGCUGUGGAUGGCAGAGAGCAGCAGCUGUGGAUGUCUCGCAUUCAGUCCUGCACCACAGACAGCAGUGUGAAGACGAUGAAAGACACUGACAAGCAGCUGGGUGUGGACAGGACAGUCAGUAGUUUAGAGAGACAGAGUUCAUCACGUCGGAGUUUCUCUCUCCUCCCCUCUGCCUCUUCUCCACGGCUGCAGAGACAGCUGCCUCAUCUGCCUCAUCCUCACAGAUCUCCUGCAGCGUCACACCAUACCAAACACACUCAGCCUGACACGCUGCUGGAGGUCAGAGAGCUGCUUGGUCAAGCUGAGUGUCAGCAGAAAUCCCUCACCCACUCCAUCGAACUCCUUCCUUGGCGAGGGUGUGUGUCCUGUCUGGAUCAGGACCUGCUGUUGCUGAAGGCUACGUCGGCUGCCACGCUACACUGUCUUGCCCAGUGCCUCAGUAUACUACAGCAACACAGACAUGCCCACAGCCUGUCAGACCCCAUCCAGCCACAGGUCCCUUCCUUUGAGGAGUGUAAUGUGGACAGUGUAAAGACUGUGGGCAUCCAGGGGCCUCUGCUCAGCGAAAACCAAACGAACACAUUCUGAGCUGAAUCCAUCAGUGAUCUUUUUUUUUUUUUUUAAACUUAUGUAUGACUGAAAGGGCUAAAUCUCUCCCGGUGUGUAUGUGUGUUUGACAUGUCUGUGAAUUAAACUAAUGCACUUUUCUUCUUAUGCCAGAGUAACCAAAGCACGCCGCACAGUGCCUAAUCAAGCGCCUUCAUCAACACCACCGAACAUGUCGAAUAAAACGGAUGGGAUAACCGACUCCACGUUAUGAAUUUCUGCUCGUCUCUGAUUUCUUACAAGGGGUUUUCACACCUGUUUCUCUGGGCUAAAUCAAAGCAUAAAUUAAUUCCUCUGCUUCAUUUGCUAUUUUGUUUGAUUUGUUUUCACACUGCUCAUAAUUAAAUGAACCUAAAAGCUGAAAGAAAACAUGAGGGACAGCUAGGGCUUAAAACUUUUAUUAUUUGGAAAUAUUGGAAUGGAAAUAGUUUAAAAAAAAGCAUUUACUGAUUGUUAACACUGCCGCAUUCACAGUGGGUCCCCCCCCUUUGAUCAGCCCAAAUCUCCAAAACCCAUGGCAUGUUUGAUUUACUUCCUGCAGUCGAGUCAACACAGAACCGAGUCACUUUGGUACUGUGCCUAAAGUAAUAAGCAGGAAAACACAGCGGGGUUCUAUUUGAACAGACCAAAUGCUGUAUAUGUGAAAUCAUCCUUAGUACUACUGUGACAGCAGGGGUCUGAUCAAAUGUCAGCUGGGGGUGGUGAGGAGUCGAGGACCACCAGCAAGUAACAUGUGAGGAGUUUCACCAGUGUUUGAUUACUGGCAAUUUAUUUGUGUCUCUCAUGUUCUUUCAAGCGGAAGCCAGUGAGCAGAGAAAGAGAGAGCUGAACAACCCAAUGCUGUGUGUGUUUAUAUAUAUAUACAACCCCGAUUCCAAAAAAGUUGGGACAAAGUACAAAUUGUAAAUAAAAACCGAAUGCAAUCA